AUGAAAUAUGUGCAACUCGGAAGUAGCGGUCUCCGCAUCGCCCCAAUUGGCGUGGGAUGCAUGAGUUACGGAGACCCCGAGGGCCGAUUCAAAUGGUCGAUUCCCGAAGAAGAUGCCCUGCCAGUGCUCCACCACUGCUACGAAUCCGGCCUCAAUUUCUUCGACACCGCAAACACCUAUUCCAACGGGCUAUCCGAAGAGAUCCUGGGCAAAGCCAUCAAGAAAUACAACUGGCGCCGAGAGAACAUCGUCAUCGCAACAAAGCUGUGGGCACCUGUUGGCCGCGGCACCGAACAGCCGCUGGCGAUGAGCGAUGCGGAAAGAGACAACCGGGGCUACGUCAACCAGUACGGGCUGAGCCGGAAGCAUAUCUUCGAAAGUGUCGAUGCCAGCUUGAAGCGACUCGAUCUCCCGUAUGUCGAUCUGCUUCAGAUCCACCGGUUCGAUCCCAAAACACCCGUCAAGGAGACCAUGGAGGCGCUCCACGAUGUGGUCAAGUCUGGCAAGGUGCUAUAUAUUGGUGCUUCGUCGAUGUGGGCUCAUCAGCUCCUUGAAUACAACUAUACCGCGAGGAUCCAUGGCUGGACGGAGUUCAUCUCCAUCCAGAACCUCCACAAUGCUAUUUACCGCGAGGAGGAACACGAGAUGUAUCCUGCGUGCGCCAAGUUCGGGAUGGGUGGUAUCCCCUGGAGUCCUGUCGCAAUGGGGUUCCUGGCUCGGCCCUGGCGGGAUUUUUCCACUACCACACGAGGCGCGGGACAGGGCCAGGGCUUCCUUGGUCAGCCCACUACAGAGACAGACCGCAUGAUCAAUGAACAGAUCGAGAAGAUUGCCAACCGGCGGGGAGUUUCCAUGGCGACUGUGGCGAUUGCUUGGUCUUUGUCGAAGCCCUUUAUCACGGCUCCGAUUCUGGGAAUGAGUAAGAAGGAGAGAGUCGAUGAAGCCGUGCAGGCUAUUUCCUUGGAACUGGAUCCUGAAGAGCUGAAGAGCAUUGACGAUUUGUACGCACCCAAGAAGGCGAUGGGCCAUCAUUGA